AUGCCACCCGCGCCGCCCACGGCCACCUGGGGACAGACGCAGUCCUCGGCGCUGCCCGCCCGUGACCGAACCCCACCGACGGGCGCCGCCGACCGACGACCCCACCGCGCCCACGGCCCCCUCGACGCCGGGCGGGCCCCCUCGCGCCCGACGCACGCCACCAGACCGGACCCGACUUUACCCCGGGGACCCUCCCCGCACCCGCGUCCCAGGCCCCUCGCCACGGAGGGCGAGGGGCUGCGGCGGGAAGCGGGGAGCGAGCGGACAGGGCGGGGGUGGUGGGCGGACGUGGCCGGCCAGACGCGAACGCCCCGGGCACCGAGGGCGGGCGGAGACGCGGAGGCACCUUCAGACGGACGACUACGCCGACGGCCGGGGAACGGCCCAGGGCAGGCGACGGGAGGCGGCGGGCGGCGGGCACCCCGCGUGAGCCGAGGCUCCGAGGCCCCCGGGGGACCUGACCCCGGGGACUCCGUGGAUGCUCGCGCCUCCACGCCGCCCUUCCCGAGACGCGCCGAGGGUGCUGCCGCCCGCGAGAGCGGGGGACGGACGGCGCCGGAGACGGAGGCGCGGCGCGACAACUCCGGCCCGCCUCGCGGGAGACCGGAGGGCGCGGGGACGGACGCGCCGGGGGCUGUGGCGAGGAGGACGCGGCGGCCUCGGCAUGCCGGGCAGACGGAGGCCGGAAGGGGCUCGUGGGCUCGCCGAGAUCGAGCCCACUCCCUCCGGACCACCGCCGACCCGGGACCGAGGCGCGCCCGCGCCUCCCAUGCCUCCGGCCGGGCGCCCGCGCCUCCCGCGCGCCCCCUCCUCCCUCUCUCGAACCUCUCGCGACCAGCGGGCCGGCACCGCGCCGGCCCACCCGCGCCACGCGGGGGUGAAAAGGCUCGGCCGCCGGCGGCGAGCCGCUCCG